UGUUCGGAAAGGAGGGCCUAACAUCUUUCAUCCGAUAUGAGCCGGGCUUCGAGUAUUUGUACGAUAUUGACGCCAUUGCAACAUUACACGACGUCGAUACGUUUCAAACCUCUGCCAAGAUGUGGUUUCAAAACAUCCAAAGCAAUGAAAAUCCUCAAGAGAUAAAAUUGCAUGUCGAGUCGUUCAUUAUUUGUUCACUGAAGACAGACAAAUGCGGGCGUCAAAAUGAAGAAUUUUUUAAAUGAAACACUGGGUCCCCCAUUGCCUCCACCAAGACCACCGAAAAACAGUAGCCGUCGAAGUUCUUUAAGCUCCGUCACAGUUAUUGAUGAAACAAUUCGAUUACCUCGGCGAAGGUCCUUGUCACCAUGUCCAUCUCCAACACGCGUUGGUAGAUUUUUUGAAAAAACAUCAAGUUUUUCAUCAAGGCAUGUAGUUGUGAAAGGCGUAAACGAAAUGGUUGCUCUUGAUAUAGUAAUUUCAUUCUUUAAAAACAAAUUUCCAUUUGAAGCGGAUGAUAUAACUUUCAUUACAAGGUGCGAACUUACACACGAUAUCAUCAUUGAAUUGCUAACACUGGAAGCUGCACAGUCGCUACUUACGAAAGCACACUCAGAAACACUUCAGUUGUUCGUUUCUAAAGAUUCCAUUACAAUAGAACCGUUUCCAGAAAAAGACAUGAAGUGUCUUCUUAUCAAUGGUAUCGAUGGCAGCUCUACACAAGCGGAUAUUGCCAAAUAUCUUCAUGAACACUGUGGCAUUGCCAUGGAGACAAUUAAGAAUAUCCAGUUCGGGACAAAAAAAGGAGCUGCAGUCAUUCAGUUUGAUUCAUCAAGACCAGAUAUCAAAACAAUACGGAAACGAUUGAGUAAAAGGCCAUGUAGAGGAAAGCUUUUGUGCUUUAAUGAAGUAGAUAGAUGUAGAAGCAUCCUUGUUCAACACCAAGAUCCGAGUGUGUCUAAGGAUGACAUUGUAAGAUAUUUCUCGAAAAAAAGCUUUAGCGGUGGCGGAAGGAUAGACACAGUCCAUAUCUACCUACCCUUGAAUGCAUACGUUGUUGUCUUUCGGUCUACUGAAGAUGCUGAUUGUGUUUUGUCGCAAAAUCCGCAUAGUAUAUUGGGAAGAAAACUUACUGUAGAGCCAUUCUUUGCAAGUCUUCAAGCGAAAUCUAUAAAUGAAAUCACUUCACAAGAGCCUCUUAUUUUCAACAAUUUGGACCGACACAUCGUUAGAUUCGUACGAAAUUCAGAAGAAUAUCGGACAGAUUUGGAAUGUAAAAUAGCUAAACUCAAUGGAAAGGUGGUUUGGCCAUGUGAAAAAGCUGAUGGAAACUACAAAAGCGAAAAACACCUGAAAGUUAUUUGUGCAAUUGAUCCGUGCAAAACACCUGUCGAAACUCUAAAAGAAAGUCUUAAAAACUGGCAACACAUUUGUUCUGGAAAAAUUCAACAAUUUUUUCACCAAUUUGAGAUGACCAGCAAAAUUCCUGUCGCCGACCAGGUCUGGAAUACCUUGAAUCAGUUCCUUGAAAGUAAUGAAAUUGACGACCCUAAAAAGGAGUGCCGAGCUGUGUUCAGAAACGCGGAUUUGUUUAGCGUUCGAAUCGUCGGCCAAAAACGAUUUACUGAAGACUUGUACGACAUCAUUUCAUCGAAGGUGGAUGAACUUGAAAAUGACUUUGUCGCUUCGCAGAAGACAAGUUGUCUGCGAAAAUUUAUUCAACUCAAUUCUAACGAAAAGUCUCAUCUUCGGUAUUCAAAAGCACUCGAAGAAAUAGGAAAAGAAAAUCCUACCGUUGUGAUAAAACUGUUAGACACAGAUCCCGAUGGCCUUGAAAUUAUGGGUAGGAUUAUUUCGAUCGGAGAAGUAAUCCAUAAAAUACAGUGCAGUUUAAACAGUUAUUCGAAGGAAGUGCUACACAGCGCUAAACAUGGAAUAACUUGCAAGACACUUGACUUACUGAAAACUCCGGAAACUAAAGCCUACAUCACCGAUAUGAUCGAUAAAUCAAUUGGAGGAACAUCCAAAGCUUGCUACGGAGUAGAUAUUGAUAACAACGUUGAGGUUUGUGCUACCGAUGAAGAAUCUCUUACGGAAGCCAUCAAAAUUAUUCAAGAUUCAAUCAAAGAAAUAGAACUCAAAUCAUUGACUCUGCGACAUCGAGUUGUAUUAUGUGGACAUGACGGUGAUAAUUUGUUUACAAGUUUGCAGAAGAAACACAAGGGUCUCUUUUUGAGUUACAAAAGCAACGAUUCAAUUAGUUUUGUCACAAUUAGUCCCAUAAUCGAUGAGGUUGAAGAAAUGAUAUCACUGUUUAUAGACAGCCAUGAAAUAAUUUCGGAAUUCAUCGAGGUGGAGAGUGAUCGUUUAGCCUACCUUUUGACGAAUAAAACAAACGAGCUAGAAAUAAUUGAAGACGAAUACCAACCAAAAGGCAUUGAGAUAUCAGUUGUCGAAGGGAUGAUUAGUGGGUUUUCCAUUAAAGGAGAGAAACAAUAUUGUCGGGAAAUAGGUUUGAGGCUACAACUGAUGGUUGACAUAAUCGUUGAAAGAAGUCAUGAACUUCAAUGGGAUGGUUUCAAUGAAUGCCUCAAGGAAAACCAGGAACUUCAGUCGAAAAUGUCAGUGAUUGAGCUUGAAAACAAAUGUGUUGUUAGAAUAUCGCCGAAUGAAAAAUACAGGAGAACAAACGAUAACGUCCGUUUGAUCGAUACAAAGUUUUUCACCACAAUUGGGAGCCUAAACAAAUCCCUGUACGUAGUUGCUGGUGAUAUAACUGAUCUUGAUGCUGAUGUUGCUGUCGUCCCAUCCAUUUCAAGUCUCGAACUUUCUGGUACUGCCGGACGUCUAGUACGGGCAAAAGGAGGUUUUGAAAUUCAGAAAGAAUGUUAUGACAUAGUUAAAUACAAAAGAGGCCGUAUUUCACCAGGAGAUGUGUAUGUAACAACAAGUGGAAACCUUUCUGUGAAACAUUUAAUACACGCUGUCAUCCCGUGCAGAGAUGAUCUCGAACAAGAUGCUGAUAAAAUUCUUGCGAGUUUGGUGGACCAAUCUAUUUUAAAGGCAGCAGCACUUGGAGGGAAGUCUAUAUUGUUUCCGUUGAUUGGAACUGGUGAUUUCAACUUUGCGCUUGAAAAAGUUGCUGAGGUUCUUCUCACGAAUAUUAUGACAAUUUUCAAAGAGGACAGUGAUAUUGGGUUAGAAAGAGUUUAUAUUUGUGAUUUAGACGAAGAAAAACUUGAGAAAGUCAUUAUGCAAGCUAAACAAAUGUCAGAUAACAAGGACAGCGAUGACUCUGGUGAAAUUCCAACGAACCGUCAAAGUGAGAAGUCGAUAAAAUGUGAUGUCAUAAUGAAGCCUUUGGCCGAACUGCAGGCGGACGCUUUUGUGAAUGCAACAACCUGGGAUAUAAAUCUUCGGAUAGGUGCUCUUGGACGGGCUAUUUUAGAUGUCGCGGGAGAUGAAGUUUUGGAAGAUAUCAAACGCACUUAUCCUGAUGGUGUUCGAUAUGGUGAAGUAGCUAUUUCUAACACAGGGCGAAUGAAACACAGCAUUGAGGCAUUUUUCCAUGGACAAAUCCCACACUGGACUCCAAACGAUGGAUUUGCAGAAAUCGUCUUAUCCAAAUUUGUGACUGAGUGUCUACUAGAAGCUAAUCGGCGCAGUUUUUGCUCAAUCGCAUUCCCUGCGCUCGGAUGUGGCAAGAGAGGAUAUCCACCUGACGUUGUAGUGACAAUUAUGCUUCGUGCAAUAAACGAAUUUGCAAGACAAAACCCCGGGACUACAGUUGAUCUUGUGAAGUUUGUUAUUCCUCAGAAUAGAUCAGAUCUUUUCGAGGUGUUUUAUGAGUUUGUAUAUGAAAACAAGAGUAUGAAAACAAGGAGCUUUGUCAGGGAAUACUUUCUUCGUUCCCGGUCAGUCAACAACUUCCUUCUACAAAGAGAUAGUCCCCAGAUUCAAGUAGGUCCUGUGUCUAUAAAGUUGACCCUUGGAAACAUUACGAUGGAAGGCACACACGCGAUUGUCAAUUCCACCAAUGUCGCAUUGAACUUGAAGCGUGGUCUGGUGUCAUCUAUGAUUCUUUUGGCCGCGGGAAAGGUCAUUCAGCUUGAAUGCAACACUGACGAGAAGAAAAAACAAGCUCAGCUAAAUAAAAUAGUAACAACAGGCCCGGGUAGAUUGUUAUGCAAGAAAAUACUACACAUGGUCGCAGGAGAAAGUAUACAGCAGUGGAGAAAAUGCAUUAAACGUUGUCUCCGGACGGCAGAAGCGGAGAACCUGCCAAUUGUAUCGUUUCCUGCAAUUGGAACAGGUCAAUGUGGACAACCUGCUUCUGACAUGGCCGAUGUGUUGGCAACAACUGUAAAGAAGUAUGUUCAAAGCACCAAAUACAGGGGUAUCCUCAAGGCCAUUAGAAUUGUCCUCUAUGAUCAGGAAAUACUAGAGGAGUUUCGAACAACCAUUAAGAAAAGGCUCUUUGGCAAACGAAGGGGGUCAAGGAUUUCUAAAUUCUUCAUGAGAAAUGAAAGCCAUGCAAUAGAAGCUGACGUCAAAUUCCACAUAUUUGCUGAGACAGAGAAAGACGCAGAACGAGUCAUCCAAGAACUUCAUUCUUUGAAGACGGAGGAGAAGAUUGCUUUUCCAUCGUCGGUUGUAGGCCGUCUUACAGAAUCACAGGAACACGAUCUCAUAGAAAUAGCAAAGCGUCGAAGGACAGUAAUUGGUGGUAUAGACAGGAAGGAUGGAUGCAUUGCCGUGUCUGGCUUUGACUGUGACGUUGAACAGACCAGACAUGAAAUUGAAAUAUAUCUAGCAAAACAAUCAAAUGUGCCACUUCCGGACCGUUGGAAUAUGAAUGUAUUCGAAUCUCCAAAGCUGAUUGAGCUUCAACAAGAUGACUCAGAAUACAAGACAUUACACAAUCUUUGUCAUCGGACGCUACCUUCUGGUACAUAUAUAAAGAUUGAACGCAUUCAAAAUCCUUUGCUGUACAUACAGUAUGAAGAACGAAAGCGUGAACUGACGCAAGGAGUAAGUGGCGGAAGUCGAACGAUAUCUUUAUGGUAUGGAGGAAGACCAGAAGAUACCUCGUACAUUUCAAAUCAUGGAUUCCACAAGCUUUGUGAAACAAGCUCUUCAUGCGGAACGAGAGUACGAUUUACAAAGCAAGUUCGGACAACGUAUGAUGAGUUCUGCAGACAGGACCUCACAGGAGUGAAGGUUUUGAUGUUUGUAGAUGUGCUUGUCAGUGACCGAUCCGCAACUGACAUAAAUGUAUUUCAAAUAACGGAGCCGAACCAGGCCUGUCCGAGAUUUGUCGUGUACUUUAAGGAAUCAUAACAAUUGCCCAAAACUAUGUUGUAGCUGCAUUGUAUUCGAACAAAUAUGGUUAACACUGACGAGCUCUGGACAAGUUAUUAUAACUGAAUAUUUUUAUUUGGUCAAAAUUAGCCAAAUAAAAUAACUGAUUGGUCAAUAGUGUUCCAAUUAUAACUAUAAACCAAUCAAAUCAUUUAAAAAGCAACCUAUCCAAAAAAUAUAACCGAGUGACAACUAAUCAAAGUGAUAUACAUUUUCUUCUCUUAGGAACACGAAGUUGCCAAACUCUGAUAAAAACAUAUUUCGUUAAAUUUGAGUUGCUCUUAAAAUGACAUAUGAAUUAACCUUUGAAUAUGUUUCCAUUUUGGUCAUUGAAACCCACUUGUGCACGAUAGAAGUUCCUUAAGAUCGUUUUGUCAAUUUGAGAGGCUAUGAGCUGUUUCAAACACAAAAAAGAAAAUAGCAUAUAGCUAAAAUUAUUCCUGUACAUUUUUUAGAUGUACCAUUUCUUCCGUAUUCUUUUAAAAUAUACUGAUUUUGUACAUCCAUUAUAUGCUAUUCGGUCGUUUAUAGAGAUUUUUCAGUGAAAAAAAGGAUAUUUUAUUGUUUAAAACAGCAAAUAGAUAAAUUUAAUAUUUUCACUUUUUUUUAGCACACUUUCACGUCAAUAUCAGCGUGCAUAGGGCUCGAACAUAAUUUAAGCAGUAUCAUUUCUUAAAUGACGAUACGUUCGAAAACACUUUAACGUGCAUUAACUAUCCGUUUUAGGCACAUACAAGAUUUUGUUUCAAUGUAAGAUCGCAAUAAAUUUCACCUCAUUAACACAUAAAAAUAUGACAUAUAGAUUUUUGUACUCACGUUCGAACUUACACGAAAACAAACAAUUAUCUCCUAUGUCGUGGCGCUUGCUUUUUUAAAUGAGCUGUAUUAUGAAUGUUCCAUUUUAUCUUUCGUUUUGUUUUGUCUACAUAUGCAAUUUUUGUAUAUAUUUAAACACUCUCAUGGAUGUUUUGCUUAUGUAUAAAUAAAGACUUUGAACAUAUUGUAUGAAAUCCACACUGGCUUGUCUUCAGCAAUGUCUUUGAAGGAGGUCAGUACAGCAUGCUCUACGAAAAGAAUUGGUCCAUUCCGCAAAUGUACAGUUUCGUAAUAUAGCCAUUUAUUAUGAUCAUUUUGAAUUUUGUCGCAAUUAUCAAGGAGCUUAAAGCUUGAUUUAUUGUGUAAGUCAGAUAUAUGGAAACCAUUUUUGCAAAAAGUAUUUCAUUUGUAUAUUUUUUCAUUAAUAAGCAUACAUUUUAUGGCACAUACAGUAUUAUCAUAAAUUGUUAAGAUGUUGAAAGACAUGUCCGUUGGCUAGCUAUGCACUUUAGUUGUUACCAAAACUAUUUCAUUGAUGUAUAUUAUUGUCUUUUAUUUCAAUUCCUCACCUUUACAUCGUAGUGUUGUCAAGCACUGUUUAUGUGUGAAUGGCGUAAUGUAAGUUGAAUGGGAUUGCAAUAUAGGUGUUUUCGAAAGUGUGCUUUUUUCUUUCCAUUUAUAACAAUUGUUCACCAUUGCCCCAUAGUAUUAUCAUACAGUGUUAUUGAGAUGAAAACAAACUAAAAUAUUUUAUUCAUUUACAUUUUUUGCUUCAUUCAUUCCAACGUUUUACUGUUCCUACAAAGUAUUGUCAUACAUGUUAAUGUGAUGAUGGCGAAAUGUAAUUUGGACAGGCUAUGCAAAUUAUUCGAACAUAUUUCAAUUAUGUAUAACCACUUAUAUAAUGUAAAGUACCAUGCAAAAGUAAUGCUAUUCACUCGAGGCUUCUGAUUUUUUGCCCCUGAUUUACAGUCGUAUGUUUGGCUUUUGGUUUAGUCGUAUAUUCGUAAAUAGUACAUGCCAAACUACAUAAAGCAGUUACAUUCCUUUGCCGUAUAGUAAUCACUGCCCACAGACGUGUAGUGUGAUGAUUAUAAGUAGAUUUUUAUAAUUUGAAAUGAUAUUAAAUACUUUUUUUCACUUUGAAAACAAUGCUUUUUGUAUAAAAUGUGAAUAGAAUAUAACAUUAAAACAUAUCAAAACAAAACAAAAACAUAACUUAAAAACAGUUAUUUUUUGGAAGUAGUGGCAAAGGUCUUAUCUGCUCGUCAAGGAAGAUCAUUACUAAGGACAUUGCAUACAUGCAUAUCAAAACAUUUAUGUUCAUGUUUAUGUUGUCGGUAUGUUUAUGAGAUGUUUUCUGUCAUUUCCUUUAUACAGUUGAUAUGGAUGUUAAUAGCCUACUAGGCUUUGUAUUUUAAGGAAAGAAGAAUAUAUAUAUAUUCUGAGCAAUAACAGUUAUUUGAAUGUAAAUUCAAUAUACACUUGAAAUA